AUGGGCGCGAACGUGGGGCAUGUCAAGCGCCGGUUGCUGGCGCCAGUCCGGGGGGGGUCGCGCCCAGAGCUUCGCGAGCAGGAGCUGGGCUGGGCGCAUGGGCCCCCCGACGUCUGGAUCGGCGACCGGGGUGGCGGGUGGCGGCGCAAGGGCGACUGGGGCGACGACUGCAGCGAGUUCUCUGGUGCGUUGCGGAGUCCUGCGAGGGGGGGCCUCCGGCGCCGGGCAGGCGGGCGCCUUGCUGGCGCCGGCGUGGCGGAGGGGGGAGACGCGCGCGUGCUUCGCAUCAACCUCCGCUGGCUCCGUCGUCGGGGGCGCCGACGUGAGGCUGGCGCCCUGGAGUCCAACGCUCUGGCCAGCAUUCGGGCCGAAGCCAGGGCCGAGGCCGCUGGGCACAAGUGCGAAGAUGACUGCCCGGGGUGCGAGCGCGCGCAAGAGCCCGACACAGCCUGCGGAAAGGGCUUCGACGAGCUGGUCCAAGGCUCCAAGGACUACUUUGCCACUGCGUCCGUCGAGCUCUUCACGCAUCCUGGCAAGCUGACGGACAACGCCACCUUCGCAACGGAGUUUCAGUGCUGGUUUGCCCACAUGGUGACCCAGUCCUGCAGCGGGCUCCCGUCGCAGGCGGCGACCCGCAAGAGGCCGCUCACCGAGGCUUGUACUUCGGUCACCGAAGACGCAAUGGUGAUUUGGAAGAUGUUCUCAAAGGAGGAGGUCGACUAUUUCAAGACGGAGUACCCUGCCAAG